UUCCGUACUUCUUUUUUCAAAGGACAAAUCUGCAGCUGCUGGAUUUCACGCACUUUAUUAUUUUAACUUUUCAAAGCGAGAUUUACAGAGAUGUUAUUAUUUGUGGAACACUAAAUCCCCAGAAUGGCUCUGAGACACCUGUCGGUGAAGGCUCUCCUCUUCAUUGGGCUUUGUCAAGUAGGACGCAGGGGUUUUGCCUCUGCUCCUGAAGUCAGGGAGCCACCCAAGAAAAUCGCAAUAAUCGGGGGUGGUAUUGGAGGCACGGCAGCAGCGUUCUUCUUAAGACAAGAGUUUGGGCCGGGAGUGAAGAUCGAAUUAUUCGAGCCGGGAACUGUCGGAGGGCGUCUGGCCACUGAGAACAUUGGAGGAUACGAGUAUGAGACGGGGGGAUCCAUUAUUCACCCCCUUAACCUGCACAUGAAGUACAUUCUGGACAGACUCGGUAUGUCACCUCGUGCUGAUGUAUCUUCUAAACUGGCGAUAUUUGACGGGAAGGAGCUGACCUUUGAAGAGAGCGACUGGUUCAUCGUGAAUUUCAUACGCAUGCUUUGGAGAUAUGGAUUCCAAUUUGUUCGAAUGAAUAUGUGGGUGGAGGGCAUACUGGAUAAGUUUAUGAGGAUAUAUCAGUACCAGCAGUUUGGCUACUCGUUCUCCAGCGUGGAGAAGCUGCUGCAUGCCAUGGGUGGAGACGGUUUCCUCACUCUGGUCAAUCAGACGCUGGAGGAGGCCAUGCUGGCCGAGGGCUUCUCUCAGGUCUUUCUCAAUGACAUGGUAGCGCCCAUCACACGAGUCAACUACGGCCAAAGUGUCCGAAUCAAUGGAUUUGCAGGCGCUGUUGCACUAGCAGGAGCCGAGUCAGGUUUGUGGGCAGUGGAUGGAGGGAAUAAGUUGGUUUGUUCCGGGCUUUUGUACCACAGCAAAGCUGAGCUUGUUCCAGCUCGUGUGACUGCCAUCUCCAUAAAGAUGAGACCAUCCAAAAUUGGUUCAGUCACAAAUUUCUAUGAGGUGAACUACGUUGGUGAGUCUGGUGCCGCCCACUCCAUGUACGACAUAGUUGUAGUCGCCACACCUCUCCACCAGGGCAUGUCUGAGAUCAACUUCUCAGGCUUUUCUCCACCCAUUCCAUCCCACUUCCCCGGCCGUUACCACCAAACGGUGGCCACGCUGGUCCACGGCCUGCUCAAUGUGUCCUUUCUGGGCACCACAGACAAGCCGGAAGACUUCUUCGUAUCCGAUGUCCUCACGCUGGAUAACAAAGCCGCCGACAUCCUGAGCCUGAGCUCUCUGAGCCCGGUGAAGAUUCCCAAGGGCUACAGCCCAAGCCCUGCCAGCCAAAGCAAAGUUUGGAAGAUCUUCUCGUCCCAGCCUCUUUCUCAGCGGCAUCUGCAGCAAAUCUUCCUGUCCUGGGACUCUGUGUCGGAGAAGCGUUGGCUCGCGUACCCCUCCUACAGCCCGCCGCACCGCAGGACGCCUCCCUUCAUCCUCCACGAGCGCCUCUACUACCUCAACGCCGUGGAGUGGGCGGCCAGUGCCAUGGAGAUGAGCGCCAUUUCGGGCCGUAAUCUGGCCCUGCUCGCCCACCACCGCUGGUUCCAGCAGACGGGCAAAAUCGACCAGGAGGAUCUGCACACCCGACUCAGAGGUGAACUUUGACAGAAGAGCAGUGCGGUCAAUAAGCAAUAAACUCUGUUAUGGAGAUCAGAGAUUGGA